AUGAGUUUUACGUCCAAACGAGAGCCAUGCUUCAAUCGAUGCACUUGCUUCCUCGUUUUUUCAGGAAUGUCACUUCAUGCAUAUUCAGGUGGGGACGCUAGGAGCAACAGCCAUAUAAAGAUUAUAGAACCCCGUGAAAUAUCUGUUAAAGGUUCAGCUCAUCUUCAACUUUACUUUUUCUUUGAUAAAGCACACAAGGAACGUGUAGAAGGGGAGACUAAAUAUUUAAAAGGGUUUGUGGAAGAGAUGAACUAUAUAUUUGAGACUCGGAGAGAUAUACUCCAUGUAACGUUCACUUUUCUAAAGGCCAGCCUGUGGAAUCCCGGCAAGGAAGCUCAGAUUGGCGAAGGAAGUCUCGAUGCUGAAGUGCUAAAAAGGCUGCUGAGGAAACAUACGACCAUAGUGGAGACGAAAUGGAAUAAAACGCACCCUUAUCAACCCAUUAGUGCCGUUAUCUUUAUAACCACAGAGGAGAUUAGGAAUAAGACAACAAAUCUUCCCAUCGGCAUGAGUGGAAGAAUCGGAGGAAUUUGUCUGACGGGAGCGAAAGUCGCUGCAGUGACAGAUGACGGCAUGUACAGCGGAGUCAGGGACGCUGCUGUUCAGCUAUCGCUUCUCAUGGGUGCUGUGUAUGACGGCGAGGGUCCUCCAGGAGCCGAAUUCGUGAGGGGAAGUGACGGUGCAAGAAGCUGUGACCCUAGGGAUGGAUUUCUCAUGGGCAAAUGGGGAAACGAUUGGGAAAGCUUUGGCUUAUCAAUAUGCACUCCACACCAGAUCCUGAUGGGACUAAGGCUUUGA